AUGUCGUGGCGACGGUACGUGCGGCCAAACAAAUUACAGGGAAAUUGCGUCACCUGCAGGAAUUUCCACUCGGCAUUGUCAAAUGCCAUCAGAAAUCGCUGGAUAUGUUGUAACAUUAAUUUGACAUUUUACGGCCCAGGACAGGGAUCGUCGUCGGGAAUGAGACCGCAGAGCAACGCAGGACAACGUUAA